UUUGUGGAUAAAUCGUGUCUCUUUUUAUCAUUACCAUUUUACAAUCGCAAUUAUGAUAGCAAAGUUUAUUUUCGUGUUGUGUUUCGCUUACCUCUGUCAAUCUGCUUUCAUUGACACUUUAAACAAAUGUAAUAUAGGCAACGAAGUUUGUUGUAAGAACACAUUAGAAAAAGCUGUUAAAGAUAUAAGUAAGACAGGUCUACCAGAAUAUAACAUUCCACCUCUGGAUCCCCUACAUCUGAAAAAUGUGUCCGUUUCAAUCUUAAACGUUGUGGACCUGACGCUCGUUGAUGGAGUGGUGAAAGGUUUCAAAGAUUGCAUUUUUAAUAGGUUCAAAGUGGACAUAGAGUCAAGUCGAGCACAUUUGGACGUAACCUGUGAUAUAGUGGUGAAAGGGCGGUACAAGGCGGCGUCAUCUGGUGAUAUUGUGAGGACUUUGUUUGGAGACGAAACGGUCCGCGGUGAUGGCAAUACACGGAUUAAAAUAGAAAAAAUCCAUGUCAUAUUAGAUUUUGACUUCGCGCUGGAAAAACAUAACGGCGAGAUUUACAUAAUCGACAAAUCGGACAAGCUGAAUUAUAAAUACGAAAUCGAAGGAAGAAUGCUGUUUGCAGCGGACAAUUUGUAUUUGGGCAAUGUUGAAUCUAGUAAAUUCAUUACCGAUUUUCUGAACCAAAACUGGAGAGGAUUAUUCAGUACUUUUGGAGGCGGUAUAAUGGACAGGGCGUUGGAGAUAGUUCACUCCUUAUUAAAAAGUUUCUAUAGCAGUGUACCCACAAGAUAUUUCGUGAUUGAAGAUUUAACUCCAUAUGUUACAAACUAAUGGUACGGUAUGCAAUGACCUUAAAAUAAGGAGAACAGAAAGAAGCAAGAAUUAAGUUAUGAUAAGAUGAAUAUUGUGAGCUUAAAAAUAUUUUGAAAG